UUCUAAGCUUCCGAAAAAGCAAUAAGUAGAAUGAGCUCUAAUAAGCUUCACUCAUUUCAUUUUUCUUUAACUUGAUUUAUUGUUUUUUAUAUAUAUACAUAGCAAGCGAUUUACCAGGAUCUCAAAGCAGAUCGCGUGCGGACGAGACCUGCGCCUCGGCUGGGGAUCUGCUUGACCUUUGCUCUGACAGCGUUCCGCUCCAGGGGAAAAAUGCCCACAACACCCCAAAGGCCUUUCGGGGACAGGGCCCCAGCCAAGCAGAGGCUGGCCAGUCUGGCGAUGGGAUGGGCCUAACGCAGAACGCCGGACUUGGAGCGGUGACCGGACCCGGAAGGCGGAGUGGUCUGGGCUUUAGUACCAACCUCCAGCCGCAGGCUAGCGCGGGCGCUGGGGGGAAGCAUGGCGCGGAGGUGCGUGUACCUGCUGGCCCUGGGAGGUGUGCUGUUGCUAGGCAUCGCCACCUUCUCCAGAUCCAAGGGCCUGCGGGGCAAGGAGCCUCAGGGGGCGGCGUCGCGAAUCCCUUCUCAGUUCAGCGAAGAGGAGCGCGUGGACAUGAAAGAGGCGCUGAAAGGUGCCAUCCAGAUCCCAACAGUGUCAUUCACCUCCGAGGACUACAAUACGACAGCCCUGGCUGAGUUUGGAGAAUACAUUUAUAAAGUUUUUCCUACAGUGUUCAGCACCAGCUUUAUCCAGCAUGAAGUUGUGGGAGGGUACAGCCACCUAUUCACUGUCCAAGGCUCGGACCCCAGCUUGCAGCCUUACUUGCUGUUGGCUCACAUUGACGUGGUCCCUGCUCCUGCAGAAGGCUGGAAGGUGCCCCCGUUCUCUGGGCUGGAACAUGAUGGCUUCAUCUGGGGUCGGGGCACGCUGGACAACAAGAACUCUGUGAUGGCAAUCCUGCAGGCCUUGGAGCUCCUCCUGAUCAGGGACUACAUCCCCCAAAGACCUUUCUUCAUUGCUCUGGGCCAUGAUGAGGAGGUAUCGGGGAAGAACGGGGCUCGGAAGAUCUCAACCCUGCUACAGGCAAGGGGCGUCCAGCUAGCCUUCGUUGUGGAUGAGGGUAGCUUCAUCCUCGAUGGUUUCAUUCCCAACGUCAAGAAGCCCUUUGCCCAGAUUGCAGUCGCAGAGAAAGGCAGCAUUAACCUCAUGCUGCAAGUCAACGUGACUCCAGGCCACUCUUCAGCUCCUCAGAAGGAGACGAGCAUUGGCAUCCUCGCAGCCGCCGUCAGCCGACUGGAGCAGACACCACUGCCUAACAUGUUUGGAGACGGGCCACUGAAGACAACAUUAGAGCUUCUGGCAAAUGAGUUUUCCUUCCCCACCAAUAUUAUCCUGAGCAACCUGUGGCUAUUUUGGCCCUUCGUAAGAAGGUUCCUGGAGAGAAAUCACAUAACCAAUGCACUGGUUAGGACCACCACGGCACUCACCAUGUUCAAUGCAGGAAUCAAGGUGAAUGUCAUCCCCUCAGUGGCCCAGGCCGUAGUCAACUUCCGGAUUCACCCUGCACAGACGGUCCAGGAGGUCUUAGAACUGGUCAAGAACAUCGUGGCUGAUGACCGAGUCCAGUUACACGUGUUAAGUGCUUUUGACCCCGAGCCCGUCAGCCCCUCUGACAACCAGGCCUUGGGCUACCAGCUGCUUCGCCAUACCAUACACUCUGUCUUCCCAGAAGUCAGUAUUGUCGCCCCAGGUACUUGUAUUGGCAACACAGACAGUAGACACUAUAAGAACCUUUCCAAUGGCAUCUACCGAUUCAACCCAUUCUACCUCCGACCUCAGGACUUCACUGGCAUCCAUGGACUCAACGAGAAAAUCUCAGUCCAAGCCUAUGAGACCCAUGUGAAAUUCAUCUUUGAGUUGAUCCAGAAUGCAGACACAGUCCGGGUCUCUGUUCCUCACGUGCACGAACUGUGAGGUUGGGGUGCAGCUAAGUUGGAGUGCCCAGGACUAGGCCAAGGGAAAAAGCCAAUCUUGAUGAGAUUUCUGGCCAAAACUACAUUAUAAUGCAUUGCUCACCUGCCUUGCUCACUCCUAGACUCACCCAGUAACGUGGCUGGGGGUAAGGGCUGGCCAGCAGGAAUCUGGCCUCUCCCUUCCUCCUGGAAUGUCCAUCCUUCAACUGCCUGGCUUUUUACUGUCUUGCCUGUCUUAGAACUCUCUGGCUCGUCUCUUUAAUGCUGGUUAUGUAGCUGCUCCGCCCUCCAGGCCUGAUUUAGCAAAUGAAGAUUUGAAAAAUCUCAACCAGAGUUUACCUGUGAAAGUGUUUAAUUUAAGGUACUCUUGCUGGGCUGCCUCCUCCAGGGCUUAUAUAUUUCUCUGUGCUGUAACUUCCUUUCUACCUUUUUCCUCCUGUCCUUUAAAGUUCCUGGGUGGCACAAGCAGUUAUAAACCUAAACGUUAGUGGUUUGAACCCACCCAGUAGUGCCACAGAAGAAAGGCCUGGUGAUAUGUUUCCAUAAAGGUUAUAGUUAAAUAUAUGCAAAACCAACAGCCAACAUUAUAGUCAACAGAGGAAGGCUAAGAGCCUUCCCUUUGAGAACAGGAAUGAGACAAGGUUGCCCAUUAUCACCACUCGUAUUCAAUAUUUUACUGGAACUCCUACCCAGAGCAAUAAGACAAGAAAGACAAAUAAAAGGUAUCCAAAUCGGAAAAGAAGUAGAACUUUCUCUGUUUGCAGGUGACAUGAUCCUAUACGUCGUAGAAGACCCUAAAGAUUCCAUUAGAAAACUGCUGGAACUAAUGGAAGAAUAUAGCAAUGUUGCUAGAUCAACAAAGCUCAGUUGGGUUCCUCUACACUAACAAAGACUAGUCUGAAGAAGAAAUUAAAGAAACAAUGUCGUUAGGUGCCAUCGAGUUCAUUCCAACUCAUUGCAACCCUAUGUACAACAAAACAAAACACUGCAUGGUCCUGUGUCAUCCUCACAGUUAUUGCUAUAAUUUGAGCCCAUUUUUGCAGCCACUGUGUCAAUCCAUCUCGUUGAGGGUCUUCCUCUUUUUUGCUGUCCCUCUACUUUACCAAGCAUGAUGUCCUUCUGCAGGGACUGGUCCCUCCUGAUAACAUGUCCAAAGUAUGUAAGUUGAGGUCUCGCCAUCCUUGCUUCCAAGGAGCACUCUGGCUGUACUUCUCAUUCUUCUGGCAGUCCAUGGUAUAUUCGAUAUUCUUCACCAACACCAUAAGUCAAAGGCAUCAAUUCUAUGGUCUUCCUUAUUCAUUCAUUCCAGCUUUUGCACGCAUAUGAGCCAAUUUAAAAUACCAUGACUUUGGUCAGGCAAACCUUAGUCCUCAAAGUGACAUCUUGAAAUAACUAGGAAUAAACCUAACCAGGGACAUAAAAGACUUAUACAAUGAGAAUUAUAUAACACUACUACACAAGAGGAAAAGAGACUUACAGAACUAGAAAGACACCCUGUACUCAUGGAUCAGAAGGCUUAAUAUAAUGAAAAUGUCAACGUUACCUAAAGUGAUCUACGGAUACAAUGCAAUCCCGAUACAAAACCCAAAAACAUUAUUUACUGAAAUGGAAAAACUAAUGACCAACUUCAUGUGGAAAGGAAAAAACCCAGAAUAGCCAAAGCAAUAUUGAAGAAAAAGAACAAAGCAGGAGGCAUCACACUCCCUAAUAUGAAAAUAUACUAUAUGGCCACUGUUGGAAACCCUGGUGGCAUAGUGGUUAAGUGCUAUGGCUGCUAACCAAAGGGUUGGCAGUUUGAAUCCACCAGGCGCUCCUUGGAAACUCUAUGGGGCAGUUCUACUCUGUCCUAUAGGGUCGCUAUGAGUCGGAAUCGACUGAACGGCACUGGGUUUGGUUUUCGGUUUUAUACGGCUACUGUAAUCAAAACAGCCUGAUACUGGUUCAGUGACAGACACAUAGACCAGUGAACUAGAAUUGAGAACUCAGAGCUAAACCCAAAUAUCUGUGGACAACUGAUUUUCAAAAAGGGGUCAGAUCCAUUCAAUGGGGAACAAACAGUCUCUUUAAUAAAUGGUCCUGGCAAAACUGGAUAUCCAUCUGCAGAAAAGUGAAACAGGACCCAUACCUCACAGCAUACACAAAAACUAAUCUAAAAUGGAUCAAAGAUCUAAGCAUUAAACCUAAAACCAUAAAAUUCCUGGGAAAAAACUAUGGGAUCUAAUCUUUUGUAAAAAUAGGUUAACAAACAUUGCAACAAAGGCACAAAUAGAAAGCAAAAUAGAUAAAUGAGACCUCAUAAAAAUUAAUAACCUAUGCUCAUGAAAAGACUUUAUUAAAAGAGUAAAUAGGCAACCUACAGACUGGGAAAAAAUCCUCAGAAACGAUAUACCCAAUGAGGGUCUAAUCUCUAAAAUCUGUGGAAAACUGCAACAACUCAACAACAAAAAGACAAACAGCCCAGUCACAGAAUAGGCAAGGACAUGAACAGAACCUUCACCAAAGAGCACAUCCAAGCAGCCAACAAACAUAGGAAAAGAUGUUUGCGAUCAUUAUCCAUUAAUCCAUUAGAGAGAUUCAAAUCAAAACUACAGUGAGAUACAAUCUUACCUCAGCUAAAAUGGCACUGAUUAAAAUAAUAAUAAUAACAAAUGUUGGCGAGGAUGUGGGGAGAUUGGAACCCUUAUCCAUUGCUGAUGGGGCUAUAAAGUGGUACAACCACUCUGGAAAAUGGCAUGGCUCUUUCUCAAAAUACUGGAAAUAACUACUCUAUGAUCCAGCAAUCCCAUUCCUAGGCAUAUACCUUAACACACUGCCAUUAAGUCAAUUCUGACUUGUAAUGACCCUAUAGGACAGAGUAGAACUGCCCCAUAGGGUUUCCAGGGCUGUAAAUCUUUACAGAAGCAAACUGCCACAUCUUUCUCCUGUAGAAUGGCUGGUGGGUUCAAACCACAGACCUUUCGGUUAGCAGCUGAGCACUUUUAUCCACUGCACCACCAGGGCUGUCUGGUAUAUACCCGAAAGACCUAAAAAUAAUGACACGAACAGACAUAUGCACACUUAUGUUCAUUGCUGCUUUAUUCACAAUAGCAAAUAAAUGGAAACAACCAAAGUGCCUACCAACGGGAACGGAUAAAUAGAUUGUGGUACAUACGUACAGUGGAAUCCUACGCAACCAUAAAGAACAAUGAUGAGUCCCCGAAACAGAACAUGGAUGGACCUGGAGGGCAUAAUGCUCAGUGAAGUAAGUCAAGCGUAUAAGGACAAAUAUAGUGUGAUCCCUCUUUUAGAAGAAGACAAGAACAGAUGAAUAGAGAUGUUCACUGGUGGUUACCAGGGAAAGGAGCGGGGAGGGGAAAGUAGGCUUUAGACCAUGAAGACUUUUUAUUUAUGGAGAUGGGAGAAGUGGCCCGGGAUGUGGAUAUAGUGAGCACAACACAACCAAAGUAAUGACGAGUGUUUGAGCACAUAUGGAUGGGUAUAGACACAGUUAAAGAGAACGUGGACAAAUGUGAUAAACGUAACUAAUGCCAGUGACCAAUUUGUGUGGAAAAUGUCAGAUGGGAACCUAACUUGCUGUGUAAACUUUCACCAAAAACUCAAUAAAAUAAAAAAAGUUACAGCCAAGAAAACCCUUUGGAGCAGUUCUGUUUCGUAAUACAUGGGGUCACCAUGAGUCAGAAUCAUCUC